CAUGAAUAUGCAAAAAAUUGGUUGAAUAUAACUAACUAUACAACACCUUAUCUACUUCACUCUAUUCCAACUCCGUUUCUCACCAAAGAGCACCACAAACAAUGUCAACACUUCCUCCAUCAUUACCACCCUCCAUAUCCAAGUUCAUCUCUGACCAACCAUGCCUCACCAUGCUCCAAAACCACUGCACCACCAUGAAAGACUUCCAACAGAUUCAUGCCCACAUCAUCAAAACUGGCCUUGCACAUGACCACAUUGCUGCUAGCCGUGUCCUCACAUUCUGUGCCUCUUCAUCUGGUGACAUCAACUAUGCUUACAUGGUGUUCACCCGAAUGCCAAGCCCAAAUCUGUAUUCUUGGAACACAAUCAUCAGAGGCUUCUCUAGAAGCUCAACCCCACAAUUUGCUAUAUCACUCUUUGUUGACAUGUUGUGUUCUGAAGUUCAACCUCAAAAGUUGACUUACCCUUCAGUUUUCAAAGCUUAUGCUCAACUUGGUGCUGGCCAUGAUGGGGCUCAGCUUCAUGGGAGGGUUGUAAAAUUGGGCCUUGAGAAGGACCAGUUUAUUAGUAACACUAUCAUACACAUGUAUGCUAAUAGUGGGUUAUUAAGUGAAGCUAAAAGAGUGUUUGAUGAAAAGGUGGAACUUGAUGUGAUAGCUUGCAAUUCAAUGAUUAUGGGUCUUGCUAAGUGUGGGAAAAUUGAUGAGUCUAGGAGGUUGUUUAAUAACAUGGCUGCAAGAACUGCAGUUACUUGGAAUUCUAUGAUUAGUGGUUAUGUUAGGAAUGGGAGGCUAAAGGAGGCAUUGGAGGUUUUCAGCAAUAUGCAAGAAGAAGGGGUUGAGCCAAGUGAAUUUACAAUGGUGAGCUUGUUAAAUGCUUGUGCUCACUUAGGAUCACUUCAACAUGGGGAAUGGGUUCAUAGUUAUAUAAGAAGGAAUAAUUUUGAGUUGAAUGUCAUUGUCCUCACAGCAAUAAUUGACAUGUACUGCAAGUGUGGAUCUAUUGAGAAUGCCAUUGAAGUGUUUGAGAGGAACCCCAGAAGAGGAUUAUCAUGUUGGAACUCCAUUAUAAUAGGGCUAGCCAUGAAUGGUCAUGAAAGAGAAGCAGUUGAGUUCUUCUCUAAGCUUCAAUCUUCAAAUUUGAAGCCAGACAGAGUAAGUUUCAUUGGUGUUUUAACUGCUUGUAAACACUUGGGAGCAAUAGAUGAAGCUAAAUACUAUUUUUCACUGAUGGUGAAUGCGUAUGAGAUUGAGCCAUCAAUAAAACACUACACUUGCAUGGUUGAAGUGCUAGGUCAAGCUGCACUCCUAGAAGAAGCAGAAGAGCUAAUAAAGGGUAUGACUAUAAAGCCAGAUGCUAUUAUAUGGGGAUCUUUGCUCUCAUCAUGUAGGAAGCAUGGGAAUGUAGAGAUUGCGAAGCGGGCCGCACAAAAAGUUUGUCAGUUAGAUCCAGGCGAUGCCGGUGGCUAUGUACUUAUGUCUAAUGUUCAGGCUGCAUCAAACAAAUUUGAAGAGGCAAUGGAGCAAAGGAUUUUGAUGAAGGAAAAUUUUACAGAGAAAGAACCAGGAUGCAGUUCAAUUGAAUUAUAUGGAGAGGUUCAUGAGUUUCUAGCUGGGGGGAGGCUACAUCCUAAAACUCAAGAGAUCUACUCUUUACUGAAUGACCCCGGUUUUGCAUUUCAAGAUUGAAUACAUCUUUGGAAUCAUGAUGAACUCAUGAAUUUUUAGCGUCAAUCUGUAUAUAUAAGAAAUAGCUUUUAUAUAGUGAAGAUUUACAAUAUUUGAGAAUUACACAAUACAGUUAAAUAACAGAAUUUAGAGUUACUAGGAUUCAUAGACUUACAAAGAAAAAGAAAGUGCCUGAAGUAGAAGGACAUUGUGAAAUGGGAAAGACGGGACCAUGAAAUGAUAUUUGAUUCGAGUUUAUAUUCUA